AAUAUGGCUGUUGUCAGACAGACAAAGCGGAGAGGCAAAUAAUUCGCCUCUGAUUAGAAAUCCUUGGGAGAAAAAAAUAAAAAAAAGUCGAACGGAGCACUGACAUCAAAACUGCGUUAACACCGGGCCUCAGUUUAAGGAGAGGUGUGCUGUUGGUCGUUUGUUGAAGGUAGAUGGUGAAGCAGACGAUUUAAACCGAGUUCAGCAUCAGGAUGUCUGACUUCAGUGAGGAGCCGCGCUUUACUAUAGAGCAGAUAGAUCUGCUGCAGCGGCUGCGUCGCUCCGGCAUGACCAAGCAGGAGAUCCUCCAUGCACUCGAAACUCUGGACCGGCUGGACCGGGAGCACGGCGACAAGUUUGGUCGUCGCACCUCAUCCUCCUCCUCUUCCUCUUCCUCCUACAUGGUAGGCGGGACAAACAGCUGCACCAACAACUCUGCCUCCAACAACACUGCCUCGGCAACUACCACCUCUUCCGUGACGUGCAACGGCGCCAUCAACAAUGGCGAAGCCAGCGUUGGCGACCACUCCGCUACCACUGCCUCCUCUAUGACCUCCAAGAUAUCUACCGCCACACAGACGCAGUUUGGCAACAAUGGGGGGCUCUCGCCCUCUCUUAGUAACACCUAUGACACCUCCCCACCUCCAGCGCCGCCUCCAUCCUCCACUAUCCUGCCCUCACCUGUCUCAUUGGUCGCACUGUCACAGAAUGGGCGCGACAGUCUAGCUGCCACACCCAAUGGAAAGCUGUCUCCUCCUCGGUACCCCGUGAACAGCGCCGCAGCAGCAAGAAACUUUGGGUUUGAGGCUAUAGAAGAGGACCUUGACGUUGACGAUAAAGUUGAGGAGAUGAUGAGGAGGGAUAGCAGCAUGGUGAAAGAGGAGAUUAAAGCGUUCCUGGGGAACCGCAGGAUCUCUCAGGCAGUGGUGGCACAAGUCACCGGCAUCAGCCAGAGCAGAAUCUCCCAUUGGCUGCUCCAGCAUGGCUCUGACUUGAGUGAGCAGAAGAAGAGGGCCUUUUACCGCUGGUACACGCUGGAGAAAACUACUCCAGGUGCCACUCUAAACAUGCGGCCAGCACCGUUUCCUCUGGAGGAGAUGGAGUGGAGGCAAACUCCUCCUCCACUGGCCACUGCCCCAGGAACCUUCCGACUUCGCCGGGGAAGCCGGUUCACUUGGAGGAAAGAGUGUCUGGCUGUGAUGGAGAGCUACUUCAAUGACAACCAGUACCCGGAUGAGGCCAAAAGGGAGGAAAUCGCCAACGCCUGCAAUGCUGUUAUUCAGAAACCAGGGAAGAAGCUAUCUGAUUUGGAGAGGGUCACCUCCCUCAAAGUUUACAACUGGUUUGCGAACCGCCGCAAAGAGAUAAAGAGACGAGCUAACAUUGAAGCCACAAUCCUGGAGAGUCAUGGGAUAGAUGUGCAAAGUCCAGGGGGACACUCCAACAGCGACGACGUUGAUGGGAGCGAUUUUACAGACCAGGCAUGUGAUCUGCCGUAUUUUGACAAGAGACCUCUCAGCCGACCAUUUGGCCUUUAUCGCUUGGAGCCUACCUCCCCAACACAGGAUGACAGUGCCACUCAUAGCGAGCAUCAGGACCCCAUCUCCUUGGCUGUGGAGAUGGCUGCUGUCAAUCACACCAUCCUGGCCCUGUCUAGAACUGGAGGGGUCCCCAGUGACAUCAAGACAGAAGUCCUGGAGGAUGACUGAACAGUGAGAGGGGAGGAAGCAACAAGAUGGUGAAGGGAAGGAGGAAUUAAAAGGUGCAUUUCAACAGCAGGAACCUUACCUGAGAACUGGGAACUUUUGGAGGACCAUUGUUUGUUUGAACCAUGGGAAAUAUAUGUAAAUUGGGGUUAGCGGUUAAGUUCCGUGUCGGAAAAACACCCUACCUGGUGGUUAUAACUCUUGAGAGGUUUUACAAGGGGCAGUCAAAAAGUAAUGAGUCCAAUUUAAUUGAACCUAGUAAGAAAUGAGAAUUUCUUUAGAACCCUUCAUGGGUUGUAGUUUAAAUACUUGUUUGAAGGUUUUUUUUUUUUUUUCAAACUUUUGUUUAUACCUGUCCUCUUCCCGUCAGCCAUUUUGUAAAUUAGGUCGUUGUGGGAUGCCUAUCAGAAGGCAAAGAGCUGCGGUUGAAUUUCUUGCAUUGGAAGGGGUACCGGCGGCACGGUGGAAAACUGGUUAGAGCAUCAGCCUCACAGUUCUGAGGAUCAGGGUUCAAUCCCCGGUCCCGCCUGUGUGGAGUUCGCAUGUUCUCCCCGUGCCUGGGUGGGUUUUCUCCGGGCACUCCGGUUUCCUCCCACAUCCCAAAAACAUGCAUGAAUUGGAGACUCUAAAUUGCCCGUAGGUGUGAAUGUGAGUGCGAAUGGUUGUUUGUUUGUAUGUGCCCUGCGAUUGGCUGGCAACCAGUUCAGGGUGUACCCCGCCUCCUGCCCGAUGAUAGCUGGGAUAGGCUCCAGCACGCCCGCGACCCUAGUGAGGAGAAGUGGCUCAGAAAAUGGAUGGAUGGAUGGAUGGAUGGAAGGGGAACCACCACUAAACACUUUGAAAAGGUUGCAAAAUGUGUAUGGGGAAGCUGUAACAGGCUCCAGCACUGUUAAAAAAUGGGUGUCCAGGAUCAAAGGCAGAACAAGAGCUUGCUUUGAGUGAUCUCUGUGACAAGCAAGGUGCAGCAGAACAUCUUCAGUGGUUAAUCCUGGGAGUAGUGCUAGGGUUAAUUGGGCUCAUUGCUCUUUUCUUUUGCUGUCCCCUUGUACCUAAAUGUUCUGGGGACUUAAGAUUGAUACACAGAUGCAGAACACACAAUGCACUUUUGCACCAAUGUUACCAGGAAAAAAACAGAACCUGAAAAAAAUCCAGAAACUAUAUAAAUUGAGUUUGUAAGGCCGGGUGAAAUAAAAUGCGGUGAUUAGUUGCCCAAUCAUAUGUGAUGUUUGACGUUCAAGAUCCCGUCCCAAAGAAAAAAAGUUUCUGGGCUUCUCGAAAGUAUGAUUCUCUUUGCUUCCCAGAAAAAAAAAUCCAAGGAACUGAAUUUAGGGGAGAGUUCCUACGAUCCAAAAGUGCAAUGUUUAGCCGAAAGUUCCUUAUUCCAGGGUGUUCCUUGUUCCUAAUGAGAUCUCACACCCUGCCUUCCCAAAACAAUCCAUCGCGACUGAUUGUCUCAACUUCCUUAAUGUAUUAACUAAUCCUUACAACUAAAGACAAAGGAUACAGCCUGAAAGUGGUCUAUGGAGGGAAAAAAAAGGAAGUAGAAGCCCUGGCCUUCUCUCAAAACCAAAACCUGUGCUUCUAAUUGUGCGCCCCUGCUCCUCCCAGGACACUCUCCUCUCUUUUUCCUCUCCCCGACUCCUCCUUACCUCUACAGCCUGGUUGUCUGAGCCAAUCCUCAUUCAGUCUCACUCAACCUCAGAGACAAACUCAGCAAACGUGUACUGUACAUAAGAUAAAUGGUUCUUCUAGUUCUCAGUCGCCCCAACUUAAUGGUGUGCUACCUACCUACUCUCCAGACUUACCCUUGUCAUUGUGCAAUUAACAGCAAGAGAAGACUCUGGACGAUGUCUUUUGGAGAGACAAAUGGAGAGCGUCUCCUUCGUCAGAACAAAUCUGGUUGGUAGGCAGUUCCAUUUCCUGACCUCCCAACCCUUGGAAUGUUCUCAGCCCUUGACAGAACCAUUGAGGUUUUCUGCUGUUGAAUGAACACACCUCUUUUGAAUCUCACUGCAGGACUGCUUGCAUGUCAGGAAUCAUGAUUAGUACUGUACUUUAAAAAGUGUGGAACAAUGCUUAUGGUAAGUUUCCAUUCAACAGCAGAACGUCUUCACAAUCGUGAUAUUUAGGUCAUCGAUGACUUAAGUGCUUGAGGCAAUGACGAAUCAGUUUAUGGAUCAAUGUGAUAAUCAAGCAAAUGUAAGCUAUCUACUAAUGGAAUCUGUGCUUUGUUUUAACGCCAUCCAUGCCAAAGGAAAAGAUGCUGUGAUGUGGCCGGCUCAAAGUCGGCUUUCGGCACCACAUACUGGUCUGACCACGGUCUUCAUGGACACCCGAAGCCAUUUCUUCAAAUAGAGUUGGCACACGUUCUUGAUGUUUUCUAUUGGGCCAGUUUGACCCAAAUACAGCAAGUUGUAAUGGUCGCUAACAGAGGUCGGACAUAUAAUCGUGGCUUCUCUGCCUCUACAAUGGCCAAAAGAAUGUGAUUGGAGCAGAUUAUUAUUAUUAUUUUUUUUUUUUCAAGUAAUUACGUACAUCAAGCUUAAACCACACAUGGAGUUGGUUUGGAUUAUGGCAAUGUCAUUAAUUAACUAAUGGGUAAAAAGUACCACUUUUGCAUGCAGUUUUUCCUCUCAAUGUGGCUCUCGAAAUCGUCAAAGGGCAGAAGUGUCAUUUCUUAAAGCCAGCGUCUCCUCCUGAUGACGCGGCGACUUUUCAGUCAAACUGAGCUCGGCCCUUUUUCACCAAAGGAAUAGAUUUACAUUCUGGGAAAACUGCUGAUAUGCAUCUUUGAGAAGGUUUGUAUCCACAACAGUUAACAAGUUCAGGAAGUACCGUAUUUUCGCGACCAUAAGGCGCACCGUAUUAAAAGGCGCAGUCUCAGUUACGGGGUCUAUUUCUGUAUUUAACACAUACAUAAGGCGCACCGUAUUAAGGCCUCAUCUUCUGUAUCCGAAAUGAACAGCCGGGCGGUUUCGCCAUCAAACAUGCCGGGUUCCCUCUCGUCGUCGUCGGAGUCGGUCUCGUUGCCGGCGGGCUGUUCAGCGAUGAUGCCGGCUUUCGCGAAAGCUCGGACAACAGUCAAAGCAGAUACCUUAGCCCGGGCAUCCCCUUGCGAACCAUGGAUUCGUUGAUCUUGAAUUCUCUCGCGGCUGCUCGAUUCCCAUGUUCCUCCGCGUAACUGAUAACUUGCAGUUUAAACUGUGCUUCGUAAGCGUGUCUCUUCGUAGGUGCCGUUUUCGGGGGUCCUCAGCAAAUAUAUACCUACUGGGGGCGUGCCUUUAGCGUCCUCUUUCACGCGCACCCUUCCCGCUUUAACGUCCGCGUGCUGUCCUCAGUCACGUCCGCCUUUCCUCUCAAUAAGCAGCGUGUCGGCAGGAAAUGCUCCCAGUCGGUCAAGCGGAGCGCUCAUCAAAGUCACACAACAACGUCCAUUUUGGAGAAAAUUGAAGACUUUUCAGUGCGCCUUAUGGUCAUGAAAAUACGGUAACUAGCUUAACUUGAAUCUGAGCAGAAUCUGUCAACCUAAUCAACUUGGACUGAUGUCCAUUCAUAGUCUUGAAUGGUCAGCUAUUGCUUAUAACUUCCACUUUUGCAGUAAGGGACAAGGUGUUUGUUUCUUUUGUUUGUUUGUUUUUUUAUUUUAGUUUAGCGGCCUAAAUGCAUUUUGAUUUUUAAUAUCUUAACUGAUUUUAAAAAUGUAGGACAUCCCAACAUUCAAAGGAAAACAAUUUAAGCAAAAACUAAAAAUAUAGUUAAUAAAAAAAAAUUAAAAAAAAUCAGGUUCUACGAAACUUUGUCAAGAACCUACUAAAUAAGGUAUGAAAACAUUGAUUGAUUUUCACCUCUUUCCCAAAAUAUUAAAAAUAGUAGAACUUAGUUGCUCUUAAUGCUGUUAUGGUCCUAAUGAAAUUUAAGUGCUCUGUGAUUUUUUUUUUUUUGGCUAAUUUUGUUUUAAGGAACAUAACGGAAUAAAAAAAAAUUGUGCUCCUAUGUCAAUUCAUGAAAUUAGCCUGCCAGUGGACAGAUAAAAUGCAGUUAUCCUGUUUUUCUUUUUCUGUUCCACCAAUUUAUUUUUAUUUUGGGUAAGAGGUGAAAAUAAAUCGUGCCCGCACAUUGCCCUCCAAAAACUAGGAUCUUGCCAACAUAUCAAUGCAAAUUGUUUAGACUCUUGAGUUUUAUGGAGCAACAUUUUGCAUAAUAAUCCAGUCUGUAGGCUAAACUAAUUGUUUUGGGGGUGGGGGGGAUUCAUUUUUAAAAAGUCGUCAUUAAUCUGAUGCUUAAAUAAAUUUUUCCCAAAGUGUGAAACUAUUCUUUAUAAAGACAAAAUAUUGGAAUACUUUAUCAGGAAAUGAACAUAUAAUGGAAUACUAGUUUUCCUUUUAAGGCGUUUCAAUGGUCUGAUUUGGACGUUAUCACAUACUGUGGUUUUAAUGACAUUGAAAGUGUUUAUCAAAAGCUCCCCUUAAAUGUAAAAUCUUAAGCGUGUAUGAGGAUGACUCAUAUCUGGCAUCUGCAAUUCAAAAAGGAUUUUAGGGUAUAAAAAAAAAAAAAAAGAGAGAAACAUAAGUAUUUAUACUCAUUUUUUAUGCUAAUGUACAAAGUGUUUUGAAAAAGAUACAUACUUAUUGUUAAAUUAA